AAGAAUCUCUAACACAGCUAGGUCUAGCUACAGAAGUUAGGCAAUAUUGUUCAAUUUGGUUUUAGUUUUGCAUUCUUCAUAAUAGUUUCGUAAAUCAGCUAACAUGCUUCUAGGAGACCCAGCAGAAAAGACCACCAGCGCGAAGGCCAUGAAGUCAUCUCAGGCAUCGCAGAGGUCGCCUGCGCCCCUACUGCAGGGGUCUGGGGAAACCCAAAUGCAAUCCUCUGGAAUCGGAUCUUUCACCUCAAAGCACCUUUUAGGCCUCCUCGCAGCCAGUGGCGUCUCAUUCAAGUUGGCUGACUAUCGCCUAGGCUUCAUGAACGAUUUAGGAUUGGCGAUGCGCGCAGCGCCGAUGUUUCUACAACUCGUACGUGCUCAGGCAAAGGAGUGGACAUUGACUGACGUGUGGCAGGUAACGAAUACUUUUUGAACGUCAGGUGAAAUUUUUUUACUGACCCUCUACUUAAGCAGUGAUUGAAAAACCACCAUCUAGUCUCAUCCUUUACACAAACAACAACCUCGCUCUUCGCAGGAAGCAGUCGCGCGGCAUGGCGAAAAGACAGCAGUGGUGUUUGAAAAUAGGCGUUUAAGCUUCCUCGAUAUGGAACGAACAGUGGUACAGAUGGCACGAUGGCUACAGGGGAAAGGCAUCCAAAAAGGCGAUUGCGUGGCCAUAUACCUCGAGAACAAUUAGGAGAUAAAUUAGGGAUGAAAAUGAUGUUGAACUUGUUGAUCUUGAAGUAGUUGAAAUGCUUUUUACUAACUUGCACUUGUUAAGUACAUGAAGAAUCUACGUCGAUGAAGAUGAUUUUGGUCCUCACUAAUUGCAAGGAAAAGACAUCUCACCUCCCGCUCCCGACAUACUCUUCUAAUUCCCACCCGAGUUCAUCUGUUGGUGGCUUGCUGUUACUCGCCUGGGUGGCCUAGUCAGCCUUCUCAACUACAACAUCAAAGGGGAAGGGUUGCUUCAUUGUCUACGCGCUUGUGGCGCUAUGGCUGUCGUCGCUGAUCCCGACACAGAGGAGCGACUAGCGGAAGCAUCAGCUAUAAUAGCAACAGCAGCACAGGGAUCCAGGAGGAAGUUCCAGAUAUUUUUCUGGGACUCGAAAUAUCCUCGCCGCCUCGAGUGGUCAUCGAACGUUCAGGAACAGUACUGCUCUGCAUCCCCAAUCGAACUACACACCGUCACCUACGACGAUCUCCUUGCCAUUCCCUCUAGGCCUCUACCCCAAGACCUGCGAUCCGGCAUAAAGUUUCAAGAUCUGUUUGGGUACAUCUACACCAGUGGCACCACAGGCCUUCCGAAAGCAGCGAAGGUACCUCACAUGCGCAUGUGGGCAUUUGGUGGCAUGGUUUCCGCAUUAGCAGGAAUCCGUGAUGACGACACCAUCUACACGUGUCUUCCGAUUUUUCACUCAGCUGGUGGCGGAAUCGGCGUCAUGUCCAUGAUGAUAACCGGAGCUACUCUAGUGCUGAGUCGACGCUUCUCAGCCUCUCGUUUUUGGGAAGAGGUGGCAGUAAACAAAUGCACGGUGGUCCAGUACAUUGGCGAGUUGUGUCGUUAUCUCCUGGUGCAAACUAAGGGCGGAGAGAGCGAGUCGUGGCCGCACUGUGUUCGUUUAGCAGUUGGCAACGGGUUGCGGCCAGAGAUAUGGAACGAUUUUCAGACGCGCUUCGGCGUAAGCGAGGUUUUGGAGUUUUACGGUGCGACAGAGGGAAACUUAUGGCCGCUCUCAACUACAAGGAGUACAACUAGUACUUGUUUGUUUCACGGAUAGUUGACCAAGAGCUGUUGCUGUCGCUGCUUGUUUCCAUCCAGAAAGCUUGUUUCCAUCCAGAAACAAAGGAUAUUGUAACGUUUUAAUUAAUAGUGAGAGAGAUGAAAAACAAAAAUGAAUCAUUGAUAGCUCAUCUAAGACCUGGCGCUAUGGCGAACCGUUGCCACGUCAAAUCCGGCGUCAAAGGCAGUGUAGGCCGUUACGGCCUCAUCGCAAGAAAGAUCAUGGGGUUGAAGAUCGUAAAAUUCGACGUGGACUUCGAGGAGCCGAUGCGAGAUGCCAAAACGAAGUUGUGCGUAGAGGCGGAGUUUGACGAGCCUGGAGAACUCUUAUUCCCUGUAAAGGACUGCCUCCCUCACACGCGUUUCAGUGGCUAUUCAGAUGACGCGGCGUCGGCGAAGAAGAUUUUGCGCAACGUGUUUCGAGACGGGGAUGUGUAUGUUCGAACGGGAGACUUGCUGAAGCUGGACCGAAACGGUUACUACUACUUCGUUUAAGGGUAGGUUAAAGGUGCUUUUCUUACCGCUUUUCAUGCCUCUCUCCCUUAGGAUGAGAAAGGCAUAACAAGCGGGGAAAGCGAGCACCAAAAACCUACCUCUAAUUCGUAGAUCGAAUUGGCGAUACUUUCCGAUGGAAGGGCGAAAACGUUUCGACCACGGAGGUUGAACAAGUGUUAGCGGAAAUCCCUGGCGUUGCUGAAGCAAACGUUUAUGGAGUUCAGGUAGAGAAACUACAUUAUACACCACAUCGAUUUGCAGGUUUGAAUUCAUGAGGAGUCACAUCUUUCAGCUUCUAAGUACUAGUAGUCAAGUCACGCGGUGGUGCACUUGUAGACAGUAGACCACAACAAAAAAAAAACUAGUAGGACAGUGACUUUUCGUUGUUCAUCACACAUGAUCCUCGGCCUUCAUUCCCCUCUUCCCCAUCCGCAUCGCCCUUCAGGUCCCCCAACAGCCAGACGGACGCGCUUGUAUGGCUGCUUUGACACUGGACGCAAAGGUACAGGAAUCACCUGAAUCUGCGUCCUCGCAACAACUUUCAUCUUUGUUAACCACGAUCCUGCAAACCUGCCGUAAACAACUCCCGGCAUACGCAGUACCAAUUUUCGUUCGCAUUCUGAAGACCGAUAUGAGCCACACAGCGACGCUGAAGGUGCAGAAAGUGGAUUUGAGAAAAGAAGGUUGUGAUCCGAGUGGAUGUGCACCAGACGUGUUGUUCUGGUUGGAAGAUGGACUGAGGGCAAAAGGGGCGCCAUCUUCCGGAUCUUCGUCUUACACCUUGUUGGAUGCGGACACGUUUGGACGUCUUGUCGCUACCACAACACAAGGCGGUGGCGUCAGCAAGCUGUAG